CGUUCUCUGAUCGAUCAUCACCCGGCCGCUGAAGUCACCAGGUGUCAGCAAAGUCCAAUAUCUACUCUCGGCCAUUGAUUACAUAACGAAAGAAAAUGAUCAAACGAAGAUUCAGUCACUUCCAACAACGAUCAACAACGACAGACGAGACGGAUGCUCGAGAAUCGCGGAUGAUUUCCGAAUACUGAGGGAAAGAAAGAAAAAGCAUAGGGCGGGACGAAGAUAGCCCGAAGAGGAAGCCCGAAGAGGCCUGGCGUCGCCACGGUCGUCGGCCACCAAGAGAUCUCCGCCAGUGCAGCACCGACGAGCCUCGUGCUAUAUCCAGACGAAUUCUCUUUCUCUCUUCAUCGUCCUAUUCCCUUUCGCUCUUCAUCGCGCGAGACAGUACGAGGCGUAGCUUCUUCGUCGUCGAUCGGAUCCUCUUCAUCGUCGCGAUCGAUGGCGUUCCUUUUCGUGUUCGUGGUUAAAAAACGAACGAAAAACUGGCCAGGAACGAAGUGAUCGUCGAGCCAGGCUCGACGUGGAAGAGGAAGAGGAGGGAACGAUCAUGGGCAACGCGACCGCGAAGAGUCGCUACUCGAAGAGCAGCCUACAAGUCGGCGGUACCAACAGGAGACCGCGUUGGGAGGGAUCAGGACUUCCAGCUCCACCAGGGAAGCCGAUCUUAAUACCAGGGGCGGACGAAUCUCAACCGGAUGUGGUCGCGAUUCGUUGGGAAAGGUCACCGAGUAACGGUGGCUCGGCCAUUCUCGGCUACCUGGUUGAACAUCGAAGGCUCGGUUCGCAGCAUUGGGUGCGAAGUACACCGACACUUUGCACCUUCCCGGAACUGACCUUGAGCGGCCUCGAACCAGGAUGGCGCUACCAGUUCAGGGUCAGAGCUCAGAACGCGGUGGGUCUGUCGCGACCCAGCGAGAUCUCCGACGCUCUAACGGUGACCUUGCAAAGGUCCGCCUCUUCGGCGCCGUAUUUCGAGCAAGAACUGAAGGAUACGGUCGUUUUGGAAAAUGAACAGGCUGAGUUUGCGGUACGAUUCACUGGUUCACCUCUGCCGAAGAUUUCCUGGUUCAAAGAUGGCUUCGAGAUCUUCAGCAGCAGGAGGACAAGAAUCAUCACCGACAGUGGUAGAAGCGUUCUCUUGAUUCAUCAAACUGCCCUUAACGACGAGGGUGAAAUAAAAUGUACUGCUACCAACAGGGCUGGACACACUAGUACCAAAGCGAGAUUGGUUUUAGAAGCUCCUCCGAAGAUACGACUUCCACGCCAGUACGAAGAUGGUCUCCUUUUCGAGCAAGACGAAACGAUCAGAUUGAAAGUGUCGUUAGCUGGAAGACCAUCGCCUUCUGUAAUUUGGUACCAUGAUGGAGAAAUCAUUGCCCACGACCAGAGGCAUAUUUUCGAAACGAUGGACGGUGAAUCAGUCUUGAAGAUCCCUGAUGCGAAACGCGUAGACAGAGGAGAAUACACUGUCAAAGCUGUGAAUAAACUUGGGGAAGACACAUCGUCGUUUUUGGUCACUGUUACAGAUCGACCAGCUGCACCAGGAAAAGCAAUGGUCACAAUGACCUUAGGUAGAACAGUGUCUUUAUCAUGGAAAGAGCCUGAAGACGAUGGUGGUUGCAAGAUAGGCACAUACAUCGUCGAGUAUUACAGGAUUGGCUGGGAUGUAUGGUUGAAGGCAACCACCAGUAGACAGACCAAAGCGACGUUAUCGGAAUUGAUCGAAGGGUCGGAGUAUAAAUUUCGGGUAAAAGCUGAAAAUCCGUACGGUGUGAGCGAGCCUAGCGAGGAGAGCGACGUAAUCUUCAUUCCAGACUUAAAAAGAGGGAUAAUGACGCCCUCGUUGAGCGGAAAAUCACAGAGUCACAGAGAAAUCAGAUCGCGAGAGAAACGGGAGGUGAGUUUCGCCGUGCCUGCUCAAAGAACCAGAAGUUUGACAAGGGAGGAGUCUCGAAACCGAGACGAAGACGAUGACCUACGUUUUGGUCCGGGUAAUCGGUCGUCGUCCGCUCAGAGGUUGACAGGGAGACCAUCCAGAGCGGACAGCAGGGUCACUUUCGCGCUGGACACUUUAGACAAUUCGGAGGCGCCCAUUCCUCCGGCCAGAUCGAGGGAUCAUUCCACUUUGAAACACGAGAAUCGUGUCGAGAAUCACUCGGAUCGUCCUAGUGUUCCUGUAGCAGCGCCGGUUAAUCAGAGCAAGGAGAGUCCAGCAUUGCCGAAACCUACGAGGGUAACAAUCUCGCCACCCCCCGCGAUGGACGAAUCCAGCCGACGUGCGAUAUUCAGAGAAUCGCGGUCGAGAUCCGUUUCCGUACCCAGGGAACGUAGCAUGUCUCCGUUAUCGAUGCCGAAAAUCCAAGAGCAACGAGAGGAAGAAGGUUCCUUAACUACGUCGCGUCUUCGACCGUCUUUAAACUUGAUCCUGAAGAAACAACAGGCCACCGUUGAUGAACCAGAACCACCGCUCGUCAAGAGUAAUUCACUAGACGUGGAUAAACCAGGAUCACCUACCACUCCCAGAGAGGACGACGAGAGUGUUCUCCAUGGAAGUUCGGAGUUCAUGUUGGUUUUGUAUCCAGAGGACCAAGAUCAGGGCAAGAAGUACAGGGACAUCGAUGGCAGGCGGAAGACUUCAGACACCAAACAGGCGCCGGAGGAAACGGAAGACAUGGAAGACCUGAUACCACCCCCGAUGUCGCUGUCCCUUCCGGAAUUAUUCAGCCUCGAGCACCAGGUGGUAGAAACCCUUCGCGAAGCGGUCAGUUCGACGGAGCUACUUCACGAACGAGCGAUGGAGCGUUUCUACAAAGCGGUAGCAGCUGAAGAGGCUUCCGAAGUGACUAAAAGGAAGAUUCAGCUCGAAAGAAAGACAGGAGAACUGGCAUCCACCGUCGAAACAAAAGCAGAAGACAUCGAAGAUACCCAAGAUCGAUUAUUAUCCCUUCGACGACGGAUGUCCAACCCUGCGGUAGUUCCUCCGAAUCUGAUCACCUGGCAGCCGAAGAAGAAUCGCAGGAGGUCCAGCGAAGCGGACACCACGAAGACAUCCACCAAACUUGUAACCACCUCUUUGUUAGCCGAUAUCGAAGCAAGAUCCGAUCCAAAUCUGUCCAAUGAGACAGAGACACCGGAGGCUCAUCCUUGGGCGCUGGACAAGGAAGAGGACUCAGCGACCCAACUGCGCAGGUGGCACGACGCCAACGUGCCAUUGGUCGAGAGAAUAAACGAAGACAAAUCGAUACCCUGGCAGAGUAGCACCAAUCAAGAGAGUGUAUCAAACAGAGGGGUGGUUCCAGAGUUUCCACCAAUCUUACAACAGGACACGAAACAAGAAGAGAUGGAAGAAGAAGAGGAAGAGGAAAGCAUCGAGACCUCUGAAGAAUCAUCCGAAGAGAUGAGCAGUGCUGAUAGCGAAGAUUUGAAGCUUCUGAAGGCAAGGAUCCUCGCCAGACAGGUGCUGGAGGAAGAAGACACUUAUCAUCCUUCGGGAAGACCAAUUUUACACAUCGAACCUGAACCACCACCUAUCCCACCCCAUAGAGUACCCAUUUUGGAAGUUUCUCCGCCUACUCCUACCAGAACCGUCGCGCCACCAUUGUCCCCUACUAACCUGGUUCCUAAGUCCAUUCUGAAGAAACCUAAAGAAGAACCCGCUCCUCUGAACAGCUUCGGAAGACCGGUUCCUCCUGAGAAACCCAUCAGGAAGAUCCCACCUCAAUCUGCACAGCAAGUACCCAAAGAUGAAGAGAUUCAGUCGCAACCUGCGCAGGUUGAGGCUGAAAUGAUCAGACCGCCAGUGAUGUCGGAGUCUGACACGGAUAGCAUGCUGUCGGCAGGUGAGGCAGCUAAGAAUCGCAGGAUUCAGGCGAAGAUGAGGUCGAACGUCUCCGAAGAAGAGGUCGAUGAAGAGGAUAUCGAGGCACGAAUGGCGGUGGUUGAUCAUUACACGGAGAUUGUUAGAGAGCAUUCGAGUAAAUUCAAUUAUCGAAGCUCCGAAGAGAGGAAACUGGGCGACAGUGUGGUUAGCUCUAGAAGAUCCUCCUUCUCGGAGGAUCAGGAGCAAAGUCAUCUGAAAGAUCGUCUAGAAGCUUUCGCGACUAAGAGUAAUAGACAAGAGACCAGAGAAGCUCAACAGGUUCAACUACCGAAGGUGAAGAGCAAGAAGAAUGAACAAGUUGGUCAAACGAAAAGGACUUCGGGUUCUCGGGGGACCACUCCUGCGAGGGAUACCAAGCCAGGAGAGAAGAGAAUCAGUCGACCAUCUUCCAGGAACCAAUCUCCUGCACCAAGGUCUAGAAACGUAUCCGUGGAAAGAGGUGGACCUUCUUCGAGGUCCUCGUCGAAGACCAGAGUUCGAGCUCCUUCGCAAGACAGAAGACCUCCGUCCAGGACUGGUUCGGAGGAUCGACGAUUCGUCAGAGAGCAGUCCGUCGACGAAGGCACCAGAAGGACGAAGAGAGCCUCUUCGAGAACGCGUUCCAGGUCCAGUUCCAAGGACAGAAACCGACCGGAGACUCCGAUCGAGUUGAAGAAGGAACGAUUGCAGAGAAGUUUGGACAGCAAGAAGUAUCGUUCCUCCAGGCGCGGUUUCCCCGCGGGCUACCCUGAAGUAGCAUGGAGGGAAAGUAGAUUGAACGAAGAGCGACUGGCGAACGAGGCGAAAUACAACGUCAGAAACACUGUCGGAUACGUAACUGACCUUACGCUACUGUUGGCAGCUGUCUACGUUUAUCUCUUCAAGAAAGAGACUUUGGCGAUCCCUUUCAUCGCUCUUCUUCUUUACAGAAGAGUACAACACGAGAUUCGUAGAAAGAUUUCUGGAGGCUGGUGGUGGUCCAAAAGAAAGCAGUGACGUUUUUCAAGGUUUUUAAAACAGUGCAGAGGAGAUUAUUGAAAAUUCUGGAUAUUUCAACAAAAUGAGUUCAUAGUCCUCGAAGAGAUUCUCGAUGUUCGAUGCUUCAAUGACGAAAGGAUUCUUGACCUUUCACCUCGAGUCUAGCAUGGCAAUUUGUCAAGCGAACGUUGAAGAAGCCAAUUGUGUUUCAUUCAGCAACUACAACAAACGAGUACCAAAGAUAGUAUAACGUGUAUUAAGAGAGUAUAUUUAACGACAACGGUGUAUUAUUAUAAAUUAUUGUUAUUCUUAUUAUUUAUUCUUAUUUAUUAUUAUGGAUGUUCUUACUUGCAAUAAAUGUGUACAUAACUGUUGAA